AUGGCAGCAAUGACUCCAAAGCCAACGAGCCCGAGUCCCGGGAGGAUCUUCCUCUUCGUGCCAAACAUUAUCGGCUAUGUCCGCAUAGCGGCGUCGAUCAUGGCCUAUCUGGUGGCACGCGACUACCCUGCGCUGUGCCUCAUGCUCUACGCGUCCUCCUUCCUGCUGGACGCGGCUGACGGCAUGGCGGCUCGAGCGUUGGACCAGUGCUCGAACUUUGGCGCCAUUCUGGACAUGCUCACCGAUCGCGCUUCGACGGCUGGCUUCCUGGUGGUGCUUGACAGGGUACUGCAACCCAUGCCGUACGGCUACACAUGUGUCCUCGCCAUACUUCUUUUCCUCGACGUGUCAUCUCACUUUUGCCGCAUGUACGCCUCCGUCUUUAUCCGAAAGGAUACCCACAAGGACGUGUCGGACAGCAUCUUCUGGCUACUGCGCGUGUACUAUCUAAACAACCGCGUAAUGAGCAUCUUCUGCAUCGGGCAGGAGUUCGCAUAUAUUUUCCUGUACGCAUGGGCGAACUACGCUAGCGUCGCGGUGGUGGGCGACCUUCUGUGGUACGCCUUCGCGGUGUGCGUGGUGCCCUGCUUCUUGAAGCAGGUCGUCAAUGUGCAGCAGCUCGUGGAUGGCCUUUACCACAUCGCUUGCGUGGACGCUCAGAAGCGCUGCGCGCAAGGUAAAUACGCCUGA